AUGUCAACCCACCAAGCCGACGCCAAAGCGCUCCUCGACGACCGCGGCUACAGCGGCGCGCUGAUCCGCGGGCAGAACCCGGCGCUGCUCUUCGAAAAGGCCGUCCGCGACCGCAUCACCGAGUCGUACUACUGGAAGGAGCAGUGCUUCGGCCUCAACGCCGCCACCCUGUGCGACCGCGCCGCCGAGCUCGCCUUCGUCGGCGGCACCUACGGCGGCCUCGGCAAGCCGACCCCGUUCCUGUGUCUGGCGUUCAAGCUGCUGCAGCUGGUGCCGGAGAAGGAGAUUAUCUUGGCGUAUUUGAAUUGGCCGGGGGAUGAGGGGGAUGAGGGGGACGGGGAGGGGGACGGGGAGGAGGAGGAUGAGAGUAGAGCGCCUGGCGUGAAGGGCGAGUUCAAGUAUUUGAGGGCGUUGGCGGCGUUUUAUAUCCGCUUGGCGUGGGAGCCGGUGGAGAUUUAUAAGACGUUGGAGCCGUUGUUGGCGGAUUAUCGGAAGCUGAAGAGGAGGAUGAGGGACGGGUUUGUCUUGACGUUUGUGGAUCAGUUCGUGGAUGAUUUGCUCACCAAGGAUCGCGUGUGCGCGACGAGUUUGUGGAAGAUGCCGGCGAGGACGUUGCUGGAGGAUUUGGAUUUGCUGGAUCCGAGGGAGAGCCCGUUGGGAGAUGAGGUCGAGCGGUUGGAUGAGGAUGAGGAUGAGGAUAUGGAGAAUGGUAGGGACAGGGAUAGGGACGAGAGAGAAGAGAGCGGAGAGAUUGAGGACCGGAGCCGCAGAGGGAGCAGGUCCCCGACUGAGGAUUAA